UGGGGAGCAAGUCUUGUUUGAGCGAAGCAGCCAGCGGAGCAGCCAGCUGCCGCGUGGCGGGUGAUGGUGGGAGCUUUUGAUGGCGACUUCUGUGGAUUACAGUGCCGCAGAUCAUGAAAGCCCCAGCUGCUACAACUUUUGGAGCCUGUUCGGCUGCGAAGAUGAGAAGCUCAAGCAGUUGAGAAUUGCCAGGAGGAGGGACAUGCUUCCCCCGUGGCGGGGUUUGCAGUCUCUCAACGCGGAGCAGUUUUACGAGGCCAAUGAAAGCCCAAGAGAAUUCAAGGAGUCGAAGCCCUGGAAUGCCGGCUUGUGCUGCCGCCGCAAAGCACGUGGGGCAGCACUGCUGGAGGAACCCAGGUCCCAGAAGGAGCCCUGGAUUUGGGCACCCCAAGCUGACGAGAAUGAGAUCGACUUGGAGUGGAAGAUCGUGGAACACGAGUUGGACUAUGAGUCCCUCUGCCGACUUCGAGCCUUCCGCGAGGUGGUGGCGCAAGCUGGCCUCGACUUCCAUGUGGCUUGCCGGAAGGCGCCGCACUCCAAACGGCCUGGCACCUUACUGCGCUUCCUGAGAGCUCGAAACUGGAACCAAGAGCUCUCACUGAAGCUGCUUCAGGAGGCCCUCGACUGGCGUCGAGACUAUCAACUGGAGGAGAAGCUUGAGGCCUGGCGCGCGGAAUGGCAAGCCCAGCAAUCGCGCCGGGUGCAGCUUUGGAGGAAGUAUGGCUACAUCAAGCAGAUCGGCUUGGAUCAUGAUGGCCUGCCCAUCCAUCUGCACCGGCUCUCGCAGUGUGACGCUGGUGGCUUGGCGCGUGAGGCGGGCGAUGAGGCCUUCCUGCUCUACCACUUGAUGAUCUUGGAAGACUGCUUUGAGGCGGCGCAGGAGCGAAUGCUGAAGAGUGGGAAGUUGAUCACGAAUUUCGUGGACGUCUACGACCAAGGCGACUACGGCCUGGUGGAUGGCUAUUUGCGGCGUGGGUAUAAGGCUUGGGAGCCUUACAAGAUGAUGAUUCCCAUCCUGGACAAGGUCUACCCGGAACGGGUGCGAGUGGCCUUCAUCCUGAGGUGCCCUGCCGUCUUCGCCAUCUUCUGGCGCCUAGUCGAGCCCUUCGUGCCGCCGGCCACGGUGAAGAAGAUCCGCAUCAAGGGCUACUCGGCCAAGAGCUAUGUUGGAGAGAUGAAGGAAUUCAUGGUGGAAUCUGUGAUCCCGCCAUUCUUAGGCAGCGAUGAUCGGGCCUUGCUGACCACCGCUGAGCCCUGGGGCGGCUGGGUGCCCAACGGAGGAUAGCCAUGCUUGGUCUGGGCCACUCGGCACAGUGUUCGGAAUCACGGAACUGGAAGGCACUUGCGGCGCGUGGCUCGGUUCCUGGGGCUGGAGGUCGAUGGGCUGAGCACUUGUGUCGCCGUUUCACUGCCGGGCGACACAAGGGUGAUGAAGAUGGAUACUUGAGGUG